CUGCUGGCUUUCGCAGGAGGAUGUCGGCAUCGCAGACAAGGGUCGAAGUAGAGCCGCAGGCAGGCAGCAGCAGCGGUGUGGGCGCUGCGGAGCUGCAGGAGCGGCCGACAGCUGUGCCCUCAGCUGAGCAGCCAACUCCUCAAAGUCAAGAGCGCCGCGUUCGCUGCCCCCAGUGCCACGAGUUGGUGGUGGAACAACAGCGAUUCUUCGUCGACCAGUUCUACAUUGACUGGUGGAAUGUUAUCUGCAGUAUCGAACGUAGUGGCACGUGUGACGAGAUAAAACUCGAUGCUUCAGACCUGCAGUACUUCCUCAACUUGAGACGCCCUAGGACUAGGGCACGCAAUCGGCAGGCGGCUGCUAGACGAUGAAAGACUGCAGUUGGCGUGAACGCUCACGUGCGAACGGUGUAUACGUCUGUCCAGUUUAACA